UAGCCGUACCAAGUUGGCCCAUCAAUCGACCAACAGCCAGCUAAGCAGGGAAAAACUCCGCCCGUGAAUCAAUGGGGCGGAGCCGAGCAUCCCAGCGCCGACAAAUCAUGUCAAAAGGCGGACAUGCUCGGCCGCCACAGCCUCGUUCGCGAUUAAUCAGCAAGCUUGAGGAAUCAGAUGGAGCAUUAUUAUGCCUAAUAGCAGCAACCUGCACACUGUCCACCAGCAGCGUCGGCAAUUUCCAGGUUUUCUCAUUAAGUGAUGAUGGUCUUACCAACAAAAAAUACUAUGAGUUGGUAACUGGCACAAUGGAGGUUGCUAUUUGCUACCCUUAUAUAUUUCUGAAAUUGCACGAGUUCUUGCCUAAUCUGCUUCCGACGCCGGCUACACCGGCGCCAUUGAAGUCGUGGUUCGCAUGCCGUCCUAACGUCCGGAUUUUCGGAGACACGGCCGUUCUUGUGAUUAUAUCUUAUCUGCUAUUACUGGGCAUCAACUUGAGCUUCGCCUGGCUCGCCAUCUUUCCCGUCAUGGCCAUUGUUUUCAUACGAGCGUUGUACAUGAAACUUAAUCGCUGUAGAGUAACACAAGGAUCUUCUAACGUUGAUGAGAAAUCCGUCAAGACACCUGUUGAGCUUCAGAUUAUGGUGGUGGCGACGUUCGGGGCGCUCUUGGUGAUGGAUCAACUCGACGACGAUGCAGCUGUGGGGUUCUCCAUCUCCCAAUUCCUCCUGUUCCUGAGCUCCAUGGUGGCGGCACUUACGCGAAUGAUGAUGAAGCUGCCCGCUGACCCUUUUCCGGGCAGCGCACCGGCGUCAGAGUUGCUCCACAAGACCUUGCUUAUCCUCCUGCUGGUGACGGUGCACACGGUCGCCGUGGAAUGGCUGGGCAAGGACGUGGUUCUGUUUUGCAUGCCAGAGGUAGUCCCGGUGCUCCUCUGGUGCAGCCUUCACCUUGACCGCCCACGCCACAGCCCGCUCAUCAGCGUCGACAAGAUGAAGCCAUACAUGAAAGGGAUCAUUGCCCUGUGUGCACUGGUGGCAGCUCCUCUUUUCGCAUACCUGGUGAACUCCAUGGAUGUUUCUGGGCUCUCCGGGUGCACGAGGAUAAUGGUGUCAUGUGGCGUCUUAGGGGUUCUGACCUACUACCUUGUGUUCAUGCUACGCCACUGGCCGUGUCCGGGGCAGAAGCAAGGUGGCAGCAGCAAGGACGAUGUGCCUUCCUCCGGCAUGCUCAAGUUUUGGGCAGAGGCUUUACUCAUGGCGGCCACAUUUCUGCUGCUGCUAAGGUAUCUGGUUUCUGUCCGGCUUGGUCUGCAACAAUCACUGGUUGGUACACUCUGUCGAAAUGUGCAACGGCUAUAAUAGUACAUUAGUAUUUGCUUGCUUGUUCGGUGUUUGGUUGGAGAUAGCUAACCGGGCAUGCCGCCUGGUACUAGUAUUUGCUUAUUGUGCAUAUGUUGUAGUACUAUGUGUUGUUAGGCCUCAGCUGCCAUGCCUGUGGUUGUAGAGAUUUUCAAGCAUUGCUCAGGAGUCAGGACGAAAUGCCAUUGGAAAUUAGAAGCAGCAUUGGCUAUGUUGUGUUUAUUUUCAUUGAUUGUUGCACUUAUAUAAUUAUUGUACAUAAA